CUCUCAGAGAGUUGAGACCUCCACUCACUCUGAAAUGGAGAAAUGGAAAAGACAUGCCAAUUAAGAUGGGCACCUUGGUACAGAGUCUUGUUAUCCGUGAUACGGUGUAUGUUGCUGGAGGGUUUACAGUUGGGGAUCAUGACAGGACAGUGAUGAAGCUCGAGCAAGAUCAAUGGACCGAAGUACCAGAGUACAUCGCCCAGUUCUUCGCUAUGACAUCACUCGCUAAUCGACUAGUGCUGGUGGGAGGAUGCAAUCCAAGAAACACCAAAUCAACCAAUCAACUUGCAAUGUUUGAGUCAUGGGAAUGGACUCACCCGUACCCACCAAUGAACAUUGCUCGUUCUUCCUCAACAGCUGUCUCCUUUAACAACCACAUCAUUGUAGCCGGUGGGCGUGAUGAUGAAGGACCUACCUCUUCUGUGGAAGUGUUGGACGUGGCAUCAAGAAAAUGGUACAUUGCUCAGUCACUACCUAACCCACGAACAGGACUGAAAUCAACUCUCAUAGGAAACACCCUCUACCUAAUGGGAGGGUACAAUACUGAGUGGCCAACCAAGACAGUCAACCACGUCGACCUCAAUGAACUCAUUGCAAAGGCCGUUUCCAACCUGGACACACCCACCACUCUCUGGCAGACGAUUGAAGACACACCACUCGUUUUCUCAGCUCCUCUCAGUAUUGGGAGGUCACUAUUAGCCGUUGGUGGAGCAGAUGACGGACUCAUCACAAGCUCAUCGAUCCACCUUUACCAGCCUGACACCAGGAGGUGGGUGAAAGUGGGAGACCUGCCUACUGCACGAGAUCGCUGCACAUGCUCAGUACUUCCUAGUGGAGAGGUCAUUGUAGCCGGAGGAACCGAUGAAAAUAGAUUUAUUAACGCUGUAGACUUCCUCUCGUUAUUUGUAUCAUGAUAAUUAU